AUGUAUGUGAAAUGGCUUGAUACAGGAAUGUUAUACUAUGUGAUUUUAGUGUAUUCAGUGAGUGUCACUUUUUGUCAUUUUCAAAUUUCCCGCCGUUCCGUUCCCCGUACGUCCCGACGCUCGCAGGGGACGGAACCCAGAUGACAGAUGCCGGCAUCCGCCGGAUUACAUUGCCGGGGACACUGCAGGAGGGACAUUGCAGGAGCGCAGGACAAGGUAAGUGAUCGAGGGAUCCCGGAGCAGCGCCGCAUGGUAUUCCCAAGUGUAGCUCAGGGUUAUCGCUUGUGCUACACUCGGGAAUACCGCCAGGGAGGUUAAACU